UACCUCUGCUUUCUGGGAGCAUUCUUCCUCUUUUCUUUCGCGCCAUUUACCGUUUUUCUUCUUCUUGAAUUGGGGGUGAAAGAAUGGCUGAAGACUCUGAGGUGAUAUUGUUGGAUUUCUGGGCAAGCAGGUAUGGGAUGAGGGUAAGAAUCGCUCUGGCUGAGAAGGAGAUCAAGCACCUGUGCAUCGAAGAAGCAGAUCUACACAGCAACAAGAGCGAGCUGCUUCUCGAGAUGAACCCGGUUCACAAGAAGAUCCCGGUUCUCAUCCACAACGGCAAGCCGGUCUGUGAAUCUACGAUCAUAGUGGAGUAUAUUGAUGAGGUUUGGAAGGGAAAGUACCCGCUGCUCCCCUCUGAUCCCUACGCGAAAUCCCAGGCUAGAUUCUGGGCAAACUACAUUGACCAGAAGGUUUAUGAUUCUAGCAAGAAAACCUGGACUGCGAAGGGAGAGGAAGAACAGGAGGCGGCCAAGAAGGAUUUUCUAGGACAACUAAAGGUGCUGGAAGGAGAACUGGGAGAGAAGCCAUACUUUGGGGGAGACAGGUUUGGGUUUGUUGAUGUUUCUCUCAUAGGAUUCUACAGCUGGUUUCAUGUCUUUGAGACAUUUGGCAAGUUCAGCAUAGAGGCAGAGUGCCCCAAGCUGAUUGCCUGGGCUAAGAGGUGCAUGGAGAGGGAGAGUGUCUCCAAGUCUCUCCCAAAUCCCCAUAAGGUCUUUGAGUUUGCCCAAGUGCGAAGGGACAAGAUGGGCACUUCUUGAAACCAUGGUGUCUUGCUGUUUUCAUCCAUAAAUGGCUCCCCCCCCCCUCUUUUGUAGGGGUGUUAAUAUGUUAAUAUUGUCCAAUAAUAUAAUGCCACACUAAGCUAUAUAUAUGUAUAAACAUAUACUUUGCUGUGUUAACAAACCUUCUGCCUUUAAUACCUUUGUUUAAUGCAAUGGGAACUGCCCUUACUUCUCUUAGCCAUUGCCCUUAAUUCCUUAUUUAGAUUAUUUUAGUAUAAAACUCAUAAACAACUGACCUUAUG